GUUGAUCAAUGGAGUGAUAGCAUCACCGCCGAUUAGUCUGAUUGGGACGCACAAGGACCCAUUAACAGGUACUGAUGCUGAGAAGCUGACAAAGAUUACAGACAUAUUCAAGACAAUAUUUAAGGAAAUAGAAGGAACUCCAUAUGAGAGGCAUGUUGACCGCCAUAUGUAUGCUGUAGAUAACACUGCAAAAUUUGAUGAUGGGAUUAAAAGUCUGAAAAAAAACGUAGGUAGCUACAUGAAGGCAAUGGCAAGAACUGUUCCCUUGAAUUGGGUUGAAUUCCAAAUUAAGCUACAAGACGUUGGGAAAACAACACUGCGCAUGUCAAUUGAUAAGAUCAAGAAGAUUGCUGUGGAAUGUGAUGUUAACGAAAAAAACAUCAUCCAUGUCCUCAAUUACCUUAAUGAUCUUGGAACCAUUCUGUACUUGCCCACUAACAAGAAUUUGGAGAACACAGUUAUUACUAACAUCCGUAUGCUGAUUGGAAUCUUCAUGAAAAUCAUCACAGUGAAACCUGAUGGUGUUAACAAG